CUUACCGACUACUUUCAACUAAUCAAGGAAAAAGAACAAAAGAUCUAAUGUCUUCAUCCGAUGAUCAUCAUAAAAAUAAACUCGCCCCUAAUGCUGGUGGUGAGGUACCAGAAGUCGAUCCCAACCACGACCCUGCCACUGCCAUCCUCCGUCGCAAAGCUUCCCCACACAAAUUGAUGGUGGACGAUGCCAGCAAUGACGACAACUCUGUCAUCACCCUGUCCACAGCCACCAUGGAGCGCCUCGAGCUCUUCAGAGGUGACACUGUCUUGGUCAAGGGCAAGAAGAGAAGAGACACCGUAUUGAUUGUCCUUUCUGAUGACGAUGUUGAGGACAACAAGGCCAGAAUUAACAAAGUUGUUCGUAACAACUUGCGUAUUCGCUUGGGUGAUAUCAUCAGCGUUCAUCCUUGCCCAGACAUCAAAUACGGAAAGCGCAUUCAGGUUCUUCCUAUUGAUGACACUGUUGAAGGUCUGACUGGUAACCUGUUUGAGACCUACCUUAAGCCUUAUUUCUUGGAGGCCUACCGCCCUGUCCGCAAGGGAGAUUUAUUCCUGGUUCGUGGUGGUAUGCGUGCUGUCGAGUUCAAGGUUGUACAGACCGACCCUGAAGACUACUGUAUUGUCGUCCAAGACACUGUGAUCCAUUGUGAGGGCGAUCCAAUCAAGCGUGAGGACGAAGAACAGAACUUCAAUGAAGUAGUCGGCUAUGACGACAUUGGUGGCUGCCGUAAGCAGAUGGCUCAGAUCCGUGAGUUGGUCGAGCUUCCUCUGCGCCACCCCCAGCUCUUCAAGUCAAUUGGUAUCAAGCCUCCGCGUGGUAUUCUUAUGUACGGUCCCCCAGGUACUGGUAAGACUCUUAUUGCCAGAGCAGUUGCCAACGAAACCGGUGCCUUCUUCUUCCUCCUCAACGGACCCGAAAUCAUGUCCAAGAUGGCUGGUGAGUCCGAAAGCAACCUCCGCAAAGCAUUUGAGGAAGCCGAGAACAAUGCACCUGCAAUCAUUUUCAUUGAUGAAAUCGAUUCUAUUGCUCCUAAGCGUGACAAGACCAAUGGUGAAGUCGAGCGUCGUGUUGUGUCUCAGCUGUUGACACUGAUGGACGGUAUGAAGGCCCGUUCCAAUGUGGUUGUGAUUGCAGCCACCAACCGUCCUAACUCAAUUGACCCUGCCCUGCGUCGUUUCGGUCGUUUCGAUCGUGAGGUUGACAUUGGUAUCCCUGACCCAACUGGCCGUCUCGAGAUCCUGCGCAUUCACACCAAGAACAUGAAGCUCGACGAUGAUGUCGAUCUUGAGCAGAUUGCUUCCGAGACCCACGGUUACGUUGGUGCUGAUAUAGCUUCGCUCUGCUCUGAGGCAGCAAUGCAGCAAAUCCGUGAGAAGAUGGAUCUCAUCGAUCUUGAGGAAGAGACAAUCGAUACAGAGGUUCUGGACAGCCUGGCCGUCACAAUGGAGAACUUCCGUUAUGCCCUUGGAGUCAAUAACCCCUCAGCACUUCGCGAGACUGUGGUCGAGGUCCCAACCGUCAAGUGGUCCGAUAUUGGUGGUCUCGAGAACGUCAAGCUCGAGCUGCAGGAAACUGUCCAGUACCCUGUCGAGCACCCCGAGAAGUUCUUGAAGUUUGGCAUGAGUCCCUCCAAGGGUGUCUUGUUUUAUGGUCCUCCUGGUACUGGUAAGACCUUGUUGGCCAAGGCCAUUGCCAAUGAGUGCCAAGCCAAUUUUAUUUCCAUCAAGGGUCCUGAACUUUUGACCAUGUGGUUUGGUGAAUCUGAGGCCAAUGUACGCGAUGUAUUUGACAAGGCUCGCGCUGCUGCUCCAUGUGUUAUGUUCUUUGAUGAGUUAGACUCUAUUGCCAAGUCUCGCGGUGGAUCUGCUGGUGAUGCCGGAGGUGCCGGAGAUCGUGUACUCAACCAGAUCCUUACAGAGAUGGAUGGUAUGAAUGCCAAAAAGAAUGUGUUUGUCAUUGGUGCUACUAACCGUCCUGAUCAAAUUGAUCCUGCUCUGUUGCGUCCUGGACGUCUGGAUCAACUCAUCUAUAUUCCCUUGCCCGAUGAGACCUCGCGUAGAUCUAUUUUGGAUGCCCAGUUGCGAAAGUCUCCUAUUGCUCCUGAUGUUGAUCUGCAGGUGAUUGCCAAGCAUACCCAUGGUUUCUCUGGUGCCGAUCUUGGUGAAAUCUGCCAGCGUGCAGCCAAAUUGGCCAUCCGUGAAGACAUUGAAAAGGACAUUAAGCGUGAGAAGGAACGCCAGGCCCGUAUUGAGGCCGCUGGUGGCAAUGACACUGGCAUGGAAGAGGAGGAAGAAGAUGAUGGUCUGGCCAUGAUCACACGCGCCCACUUUGAGGAAGCCAUGCGAUUUGCUCGUAGAUCAGUGAGUGACGGAGACAUCCGUCGUUACGAGAUGUUCUCCCAGAACAUGCAGCAGUCGCGCGGCUUUGGCACCUUUAAGUUCCCCGAAGGUUCGAAUGCUCAACAGCAACAGCAGCCUGGCAUGGAUGGUGUCACUGGCGGUGAAAGUGGAUUUGGUCAAGAAGGUGGAGACGAUGAUUUGUAUGCAUAAAACAAGAAUGAAAGAAAGAAAAAGAAAAGAAAAUCAAAAAAAAAUGAGGAAAACCAGAGUACUUCAGUAAAGUAAAGUAAAAGCUAAAUAAAGUAAAAAGAAAAUCAUUGAAUGAAUGAUUAAACGAAUGAAUCGAUAAGUGAAUAGGAAAAUAAGAUGUUAUAGGUUGGUGGUUUGGAAUAUUAUGUGAUUAUGGUUUUCAUUGAUGCUUAUUUUAUUUUUUUGAAGAAGAAUAUUUUUGGGUGGAUCAAACUUCACUUUCUAUUCAUUAUUCAUAAUUCAUUAUUCACUGUUCUGUUAAAGUAGAUCCAUAAAGCGUACUUUUCUUCCUUCUUCUAUAUAUUUAACAUGAUACAUAAAUAAAGUAUAUCUUAUCAAGGU